AUGGAUUUACAGUGGAAAAGCAUAAUCAUGCUUUAUGUACGCCACUUUCAUAGAUCCACGCCAUGCAAGACCAACCACUCGAGUAGUCAGCAACAACUCAAUCGUAUGGUCAAUGUUUCAGCUGGUCGUGUACAGCGACGUUGUGUUGGUCUCAGCAAAGUUCAGCCCUCUGCGGUCCGUACCUCGGUCCAGUCCAUCAUGGACCAUGCCAUCAAUGUUAAGCCUCGUCAGUUUGUCGAGACCGUCGAACUUCAGAUUGGUCUCAAGAACUACGAUCCCCAGCGUGACAAGCGUUUCUCUGGAACUGUCGUUCUUCCCAAUAUCCCCAAGCCCAAGAUGAAGCUCUGCAUUCUUGCCGAUGCUGCCCACAUUGAUCAGGCCAAGGCUAUUGCUCUUGACUUCAUGUCUGUUGACGAUCUCAAGAAACUCAACAAGAACAAGAAAAUGAUCAAGAAACUUGCUAAAAAGUACGAUGCUUUCCUUGCCUCUGAGGCUUUGAUCAAGCAGAUUCCCCGUUUGCUUGGUCCCGGUCUAUCCAAGGCUGGUAAAUUCCCCACUCCCGUCUCUCACACUGACAAUCUCGAGGAUAAGAUCAAGGAGAUCAAAUCCACCAUCAAGUUCCAGUUGAAGAAGGUGCUUUGCCUUGGUGUUGCUGUCGGUCAUGUUCAGAUGACUGAGGACAUGUUGGUUACCAACAUCAUGAUGUCUAUCAAUUUCCUCGUUUCCCUGCUCAAAAAGAACUGGCAGAAUGUCAAGUCGUUGUUUAUCAAGACUUCCAUGGGAAAACCUGUCCGUAUCUACUAGACAGUUUUUUUUAGCUCUAACAGAUUCUGUGUAUGGGCUAUUUUUAAGUAAUGUGCAUGUCUAGGCUUUUGAAGGAUCAUUUAUCUAUUCUUUUGUCUUGACAGCCACUACUUGUGCUAGCUUUGCGCAUCACCAACACAUGUCUUUAAGAUGUGUGCCUUGGGAGCUGGACUAAAUGAAGUAUUGUUGAACUUUUCG